AUGAAAUCUGUAACAAUUUGUGCACUUUUCGUCGUCUUAUGCGCCUGCUUUACCCAGCAGAGCUUUGCUGCGCCUGUGGAGCUGGUGGAAAUGCCUGUUAUCGAGUUGUCUGCCGCACCAGAAAUAGCACCUGUUAGUCUAUUGGAUAUUGAAAAUGCCGAUCAAUCAGUUGUUGAUGGUGCACAAAACGGCGAUGGUGCACGCUCAGCACGUGGUCUAGGUUUACUGCUUGGUGGUCAUGGUUUUGGCGGUGGUUUAGGUGGCCUCGGUGGACUAGGCGGUCUGAAAGGCUUUGGUGGUCUUGGCGGUCUCGGUGGUUUCGGUGGUCUUGGCGGACUUGGUGGUUUGAAAGGUUUUGGCGGCGGUUUUGGUGGUGGUUUCAAACCAUUCUUCAACAAAAUAUGGUGA